AUGGAUCGAAAUAGGCAGUUGUUAAUCAUUGUUGGGGUUCUAUUCCAUUUUUUUUAUUUAUGGUCGAUUUUCGAUAUUUAUUUUGUACUGCCGUUGGUUCAUGGUAUGAAACACUAUGUUUCGACACACGAACCUCCAGCAAAGAGGUUGUUUCUCAUAGUUGGUGAUGGUCUUAGAGCAGAUAAAACGUUUGAGGAGUUGGUACACCCGAGAACUGGCGAGACCCAAUAUUUGGCUCCUUAUUUGCGGAGUUUGGCUUUGAAUAAUGGAACGUGGGGCAUAUCAAAUACAAGAAUGCCCACAGAAUCGAGACCGGGACAUGUGGCCAUGAUUGCUGGGUUUUAUGAAGACGUCUCGGCCGUGACCAAAGGGUGGAAAGAAAAUCCCGUUAAUUUUGAUUCCUUUUUCAACCAAUCAAAGCAUACCUACUCUUUUGGUAGUCCCGAUAUUUUACCAAUGUUUGCAUAUGGAGACGGGGUUGUUCCAGGAAGGAUUGAUGUGUGUAUGUACGCACACGAAUUUGAAGAUUUUACUUCCAAGACGACUGAGCUAGACUCAUUUGUAUUUAGACAUUUUGAUGAGUUGUUGCAGAAUCUGACAACUAAUGCUACUUUAUACGACGAAUUGCACCAAGAUGGAAAUGUCUUUUUCUUACACUUACUAGGCCCUGACACUGCUGGGCAUGCUUAUCGACCCUAUUCGGCCGAAUACUACGAGAAUAUAGAGUACAUUGACACAAUGUUGGAGAAAGUGGUGCCUCAGAUUAAUGAGUAUUUCGGAGACGACAAAACUGCGUUUGUAUUCACCGCCGAUCAUGGUAUGUCAGAUUUCGGAUCACAUGGAGAUGGACACCCGGACAAUACCAGAACGCCUUUGAUUGCUUGGGGCGCUGGUAUCAAUAAACCUGUUCACUUGAAGGACUUGAAUGAUGUCAACAAGCAACUACUCAAACAAGAUCCUAUUGCCAGUGGAUUCGAGCCUACAUACUUUGACACGUGGAGACUCGAUCACUUGGUAAGAAACGAUGUCAACCAAGCAGACAUUGCAUCUUUAAUGGCGUACCUCAUUGGUGCUAAUUAUCCCGCAAAUUCUGUUGGUGAGUUACCGCUAGGAUAUCUUGAUGCCACACCCGAAGAGAAAAUUAAUGGCCUCUAUGCCAACGCAAUGGGUAUUGUUGAGCAGUAUCUCGUUAAAGAACAAGAAGUUUAUGACCAUCAAUUUAAUUUUAGGGCCUUUGAGCCCUUUGAGGAAAAAUCCAUUAGCGAAUACCAACGAGAAAUCGAGAGUUUGAUUGAGUUGUUGAAAAACGGCCCUGACGAAAAUGUUGAAAAGUUGGCCAUUGAAAUAACUGAAGAAUUGAUGAAAAAGACUCUUUCGGGUCUUAACUACUUGACCACGUACAAUUGGGCUCUUCUUCGAACUAUUGUCACCUUUGGAUUUGUGGGCUGGAUUGUGUAUUCGUUCAUUUUGUUUUUGAAGUUGUUCAUUUUACGAAAAGAAACAAUUUUGCAGUUGAAAAGAGCAACAUCAACAUCAAUGUCAAUGUCAAUUUUUUUAUCGGCGCUUUUCACAACAUUUGGUUCUUCCCUUGGAUUUUUACUAUAUUAUCAAAAUUCACCUUUCAACUAUUACAUGUAUGCUGCAUUCCCACUUUAUUUUUGGUACUCGAUAUUAAAUGAGAGGCAGUAUUUGUUUGAUGGUAUUGGUGAAAUGUUGCAUGGUGUUUCCUCCGUUACUAUUCUCUUAAUUGUUGCAUCAUUUGCUGGAAUGUAUGAAUGUAUUGCAUAUGGAUUUUUCAAUCGAUUUAUGUUUUCAAUCAUCUUUUGCCUUGUGGGAGUGUAUCCCGUAUUUGUGCUGAAUUCAGGAAAUAUUUCCGGUUUGAUGAAGGCUAUUUGGUUUGCAACAAACAUUUUUAUGUGCACAUUCACAAAUUUGAACCCUAUUAAAACCGAAAAUUUGUUCUUGAUCAAUGUGGGGGCAUUAUUGUCUAUUAUCGUUGCAGUAGUGGCAUUCAAAUAUGUUUUGAGAAGAGGCAACCUCGAGUUGAUUCAGAAAAUUUUGGUAAUUGGACAAAUAAUUGCAAUACCAAUAAUUUUGUACGCAACUGAUGCGUCUAUUGUUUCUUUACAAGCAAGAGCUGGUUUACCCUUGCAUUCUCAAAUUUUAGGCUGGGUAACUUUCCUUGUAUCACUUUUGAUUCUCCCGGGGCUUCAUUCGCUAUAUCCAUCAAAAGAUUACAGAUUAAGGUUAUUGAUUAUUUUCCUCACAUUUAUACCCACAUUCAUUAUUUUCACAAUUUCAUUUGAGCUAUUGUUUUACCUUGGGUUUUCAAUGACAUUGCUACAAUGGCUCGCAAUUGAGAACUUGUUGAAAAUACCUCGCAAGGAAAUUGUUGCAUCUCAAGAGGAAACGGGAAGAUUACCCAAGGCGUACUGGCUUCAGGUUAUUCGAAUUGCAAUCAUUGGGUUUUUCUUUCUUCAGAUUGCCUUUUUUGGAACAGGAAAUAUUGCAUCCAUCUCGUCAUUCUCACUAGACUCGGUUUACAGAUUGAUUCCUAUAUUUGACCCCUUUUCAAUGGGCGCCUUGUUGAUGAUCAAGCUCAUUAUUCCGUACGUUUUGUUGUCCACUUGUUUAGGAAUAAUGAAUCAUCAACUUGAAAUAAAAAAGUUCACCAUUUCAACGCUAAUCAUAUCAACAAGCGACUUUUUGUCCUUGAAUUUUUUCUUCUUGGUCAAAACAGAGGGCUCAUGGCUAGAUAUUGGUAUAUCGAUAUCAAAUUACUGCUUGGCAAUAUUGUCGUCGUUAUUCAUGUUAAUUUUGGAAUUGGUGAGUUCCAUAUUGUUGAGAGGGGUUGAAUAUGACCUGAAUGAAAAGAAUUUCAAUUACGAACCAAUAAGUAAAAGACUCAGGAACAAGAGUAAAAACGCAAAAAAGAAGGAGUAA